GUCGUUGGCAAGAUGGGCAAGCUGGCUUUCCCUCUCGAUAAAGAGCUGACUGGUCCGGACCGAAUUGUUCUGGAAAUCCUACAGAAGGAGUACGAGUUACAUGAGACCAGGCCUGCAAAAUCAACGCUAGAUACAGCAGAAGAUUCAGAUGACUCGGGUGUCAAACAUUCCGAGAUUGUGACGCCAUCACCAGAGGAUCUCCAAGACCAGGAGCAGCAAGCCAUCGCUUACCUCAAGAAGCUGAAUGACCCCAAGUCUGAUAGUUUCGAGACCACUGUGUGCAGCACUGUCGAUGAUUCGGACAUCAAGAACCCUCUUCUUCGCCAAUGGAUCAUCGAUCCCUACAUUCGAUGGGCAAAGCAGAUUGUACGAGUCGAGACCGAUGUCAUUAUGGUUACGCAUUUGCUGCUUUACUUCUGCACCAGCGUCCCAUCAGCGAUCUAUCUGUACAUCAACUUCCACUGGUGGCACGCUGUGCUUCAUUGCGUCAUGCAAGGUUACUACAUGGGACCAUUCACGCUCCUGAAACAUCAGCAUAUUCAUAUGCGUGGUGUUCUUAGCAAGAAGUAUGGCUUCAUCGACCGGCUAUUCCCAUACAUUCUCGAUCCAAUGAUGGGCCACACUUGGAACUCAUACUACUACCAUCACGUCAAGCAUCAUCACGUUGAAGGCAACGGACCUAAUGACCUGUCUUCUACUAUUCGAUACCAGCGGGACAGUGUUUGGGACUUUGCGCAAUAUGUUGGCCGGUUCUACUUUCUGAUCUGGCUCGAUUUACCCAUGUACUUCUUGCGCAACCGCAAGCCUAGUCUCGCGCUCCAAGCGGGUGCUUGCGAAGUUGGCAACUACGUCUUCCUGUACAUGAUGUACAACUUCGUCAGCGCUCGUGCAACGACAUUCGUGUUCUUGAUUCCUCUGGCUUUCAUGCGCCUGGCUUUGAUGACUGGCAACUGGGGCCAGCACGCUUUCGUUGACGAGGUCGAGCCGGACUCUGACUUCAGGUCAAGCAUUACACUCAUCGACGUACCCAGCAACCGCCACUGUUACAACGAUGGCUAUCACACAUCUCAUCACCUCAAUCCGCUCCGCCACUGGCGGGAGCAUCCAGUUGCGUUCCUCUCACAGAAGAAGCAGUACUCUGACGAGCACGCAAUCGUUUUCUAUAAUAUCGAUUACUUCUUCCUUACGGUCAACCUGCUAAGAAAGAACUAUGAGCACAUUGCUAAAUGUCUUGUACCUAUGGGCGAUCAGAUGCAGCUUACGCUCGACGAGAAAGUCGAGAUGCUAAAGCGCAAGACAAGAAAGUUCUCGGAGGAGGAGAUUGCAGAGAAAUGGGGCAAGCAGAUCCAUUUGUUUGUUCAGAGAAUGUCUAUUAUAAUCAGGCAUGUGUUCAUGGCACCUGUGGUAACAAAGUGCUCGUAUGAAGCACCUGCCGCAGCGCAUUCGAUCAUGAUACCGCACGAUCCAAACCUCGUUCUUUUGCCACCUCAUCGCAACGACUUCCCUAAAUUUAUCAUUAUUGUACUUCCAGCAAUGGCAAAAUCCCAGCGUUUACCGUUUGAACAGAGCCUGUUUGUUACAACGCCGAACAAGAUUCAUUUGAGGACACAGCUUGCUCGCGAAACGCUGUUCGAGUGCGAGACCGCUAACGGCAUAGUCAACGCUCGUGCCUCGAAAGAUAACAGUAGCCUGUUCGCUGUAGCAGACGGUCAGGUUGUGAUACUACACGAUGCUUCGCGAACCAAGGACAAGAAAUACAAAUUGAAGAGUGGUGAUGGCGAGCCACGUCUUCUUCUCUUCUCACCCGACUCACGCACCUUGUAUUUCACGACGACGUUGAACAACUCAGUUCAAGCCUAUUCCAUCCCAGAUGACAGGCUUCUGCCUUCCUUGCCGUCGCAUCCGUCUCCACCGAACGUGAUCGCGAUAUCCAAUAACGGUACUGUACUUCUUUCAGCAUCACCGAACCCGACGACUAUAUACCUUCAAGACCAAAGAUGGGGACACAGCGCGCCUGUAGACUUUCGUCCAACAGAUACCCGCUACUCUGCUACCUGUGCUGCGUUCCAAAAAUUGGAUGGUCCCGCGCAGCCUUCAUAUACGAACUUUGUGAUCGGAUUCCAGGACGGGUUACUAGCGAUGUAUCGUCUUUUCCUGCCUUCACUCCGAAAGCGGCCCGAAGAUUCGCACACAAAUCCAUUCCAGUUCUACCAGUUACAGCCUGUCCGAGUAGGUGUCAUCAAGAAGCUCCACAAGCCUGCCAUGGGUGGUGUACUCGCAGCGCAGUUCAUACCGGGCUACAAAUCGCGUGUUUAUGUCUCUUAUCCCGCUACUUGCUUGUCGGUAUCCACGAAAGGCUCUGUACACUCGAAGGGAAGAGUAGACGGGAUGGUGCUACUGGGAGGCGACGCGGCAGAAGAUGCCGGAGAUGUCUACGAGGGCUUUGAGACAUUGAUUGCUAUUGGUACACAGGCUGGAAAAGUUCUUGUUUUCAACGCCCUGGGCCUACUGAUAUAUGAGAUCACUGUGGGUGUGUCUAUCACGGCUGUUGAAUGGGUCAGCAACAUGGCCGCGCCUUCGAUUCUUCCGACUCGCGGGUUAUCGCUGUCCCCCAAGCCUCGUUCCGUCGUCGAUAUUGUGGAUGCGGAGGGAUCAACUCCUUCUGACGAUGAGACCGGUACUGUCAAGAAGACUAGAUCACCCCGCAAGUCAGCUUUAACAAGAAAACCGGCACCUGUUGGGCCACCGCCGGAUCUGUUUUCCGAUGAGUCUAGGAAGUUCAAGUCGAGAGUUCCCAGUCGCAGAGCCUCGGAUGUGUUGAGAGGCUCGCCUCUCCGCGUUGAGAGAGUGCGCAACAAACACGUGAAAAAGCCAUCCGUACGACCACGCAUCUCUGUAGAGACAUUUCAGUCGCCUCCAGAACCUUCGCCGCACAAUUCAUCUCAUGUCGGCGCCGCAAAGUCUCUAUCCAAACCUGAUCCUCCAAUACAAGAAAGUCGGAGAUGGCCCGAAGUACAUCAGAUGCCAAGUGUACCAGCCCCGUCGCGGGCACAGCUCUUUUCCGCUCCCCAUAGGUCGCUCAGCUCCUCUGAAGAUUCGCACUUUUCGGAUCAAGAAUGGUUUACACCUCCUUCCACGCGAAGACGCAAGCCAAAGGCGUCACAGCGUCAUAUGAGUUCAGAAUCACCACUGAUUACCUCAACUUCAACGACGAUCCGUCCAGUGCCCUUCCCACAGUCCUCUCCCACUGCGUUCAACACACCAAGUAGUCUGCACUCUUGUCCAACAUCCGGCAUGAUGAAGGGGGAGUCUGUUGAACAUCAAGAGACUGCGGCGAAAGUACCGAGCGGGUCGCGGAUCGUGCAAAAAGUCCAGCGACACGUAACUAUAGCCGAUCCAGGAUCGUCGUCUCCUUUUGGUAGCUCGAGCAGUCUGUACUCCCGUCCCACCGCUCAGAUGCUUCAGAGACCUUCAUUGAGCAAAGCGCGAGAGCUUGAAUUAGAUCUGAGUUCUACCCUCUCAGAUAGACCUAAUCUUCCAAUACCGAAGCCUCCUCUCAGAAGAAUCAACUCAGAGUCGGAAUCGCGCAGCAAUGUAUGUUCAUGCUCAACGCCAAGCACGAGAAGAGACUCGGUUGCCGAUGAGAGCGUGAACGACAUGGCAGGCCCGAGCAAGAUAAUUUCUAGAUCAAAAGCUCCCCGAGACCACGCAUUCGCCACGGCCGCCGCCGCCACCACAGCAGCAGACUCUUCAUCUUCGCUCGAAAGCCUCUACUACCCCGCGCCCGGCCUCCUAGCUAAAAGUAAUCUUUUCCAAAACUACAACCAUCGCAACCUAACACCAGUUCUACCACGGCAGCCCAUGACGAACUCGCUUGACACGCGAGCAAAUUCACCUAGCAGCGUAUACUCCCGCUCCAUCUCAGGCGCGGUCAAAGACACUGAUCUUGUCGAUGCUGGCCUUGCCGAAGGUACCGAUCGGUCGGUAACUUCUUCCAACGCACCCACUCCAUCACUACCACAACAUCAUCAACUCAGUAUCCAUGCCUUGAGUACCCCACUAUCCAAUACCUCGCCAAGUACUUUAUAUUCACUCGCUCCACCAGGCACAUUUUAUGAUCGUUCGCAUGCUGUUAAUAGACCGUCUGUGAAGAAGUCGGAUGAAACAGGUUUAGCCAGUGUGAGCAAAGAGGCGAAGUCCGUAGCAGAGGAGAUGAAAUGCUUGUCUGAGGACCAAAGGGCGUUGAGACAGGAGGUCGCGGCUUUGAGGGAAGAGUAUCGGGUUUUGGAGGAUAUGUUGUUGAAGCCAAAGGCAAAACUGGUGGUGUAA